AUGUGUUUUCAUACGCUUAAUAUCUAUCUAUCUAUCUAUCUAUCUAUCUAUCUAUCUAUUUAUCUAUCUAUCUAUUAUUUUCUCACAGCCCACUUACCAGCUAAUUUUCUCGUCGACUGUCUCUCAUUCUUACCUACUCUAUCGUUUGCCUGUUUAGACAUGUACUCUAAACACACCUACCGCUUCUCCUCCUCCAGCCCGCCUGCAUUCACUGUUCUUUCUGCUUUUCAUUUCAUCCAAUUUCAUUUUCUUUUUUCCUUCUUUUUAUCAUAUUUCUUGAAAUAUAUCUCUUUCUACCUCGGUCUUCAAAUUAUUAGUUACUUUGUCUUAUAUCUUUUUCAGUCUCUUCUUCUCCUCCUCCGAGCUCUUUCUCUUUCUCUCUCUCACUAUGUCUGUCCAUCUAUCUAUCUAUCUAUCUAUCUAUCUAUCUAUCUAUCUAUCUAUCUAUCUAUCUAUUACAAUGAAAUUUGCUCGCAGCUAAGAUUUUUUAUCUAUCUAUCUAUCUAUCUAUCUAUCUAUCUAUCUAUCUUUUCAAGAUUCAUUUAUUUAUGGUUAUACAAAAAAAAAGUGGAUAUGGAUGAGGGAUAUGUAGUUUCUGAAUAUGAAAUAUACUUAUUUCAGUCUACAUCUAUCUAUCUAUCUAUCUAUCUAUCUAUCUAUGUUAAAAUCUAUAUAUUAUGUAUCAGCGCUUACCUUUUCUUGCACACAUACUAA